AUGAGGAUUGGUUGGUUGGUCAUGCUGGCCUAUUGGACCGUUUGCGCUCUCGUUGGACGUGGCCAAGGCUACUACGAUCUGCUUGCGAAGCCUCAGCCAGUGGAAACUUUCCAGAUUAUGACAUUGGUCGUUACAUUGAUGGUGAGAGUGGUUUUGAAUCCUCGCUAUGGACGCUUUGGUCGCCGAGUUGAUUGGCUGGCAAUCGUGAUGUAUUCCCUUAUGAAUGGAGUCUUGGAGACGUUUGCGUUCCUCUUUGCGUACGACCUUGGUCGUCACCUUGAUGUGGAAUCUCUCUUUGGAUGGCACAACAAGAAUGAUGAGAUGCUUGGAUGCCUGAUUGGAUUCUCCAUCUACUACGUUUACGCAGGGUUGAUCCAUAUCGUUGUGUGGAUGCGCAUGGUGUUUCCGCAGCAUGUUCUCCACGAAAGCGCUCCCCCAUUCCAUACCCAUUGCUUGCCAUUUCUCACGCUGCAGUCUAUCGCAUGGCUGGUGCUUUAUGAAGCAACCAAUGAUGUCUUUUUCAUUUGCCUUUGUCAUUGCAUCACAGACAUGGGCCAUGCUUGGACCUGUGCCAUGCCCUACACAACCUGGAAUGCCAACGGAGCCUUUCUUUUGCGCGAGUGA